AUGAAGGGUCUCGCUUUUGUGUGCGGCCUCCUGGCUACAUCUGUUUCUGCACACAUGCAGAUGUCAAAGCCAUAUCCCAUCCGAAGCCCCUUGAACAAGGAUGCAGAUGGCGAGAAGGAUUAUUCGUACACGAAUCCGCUGUCCACCAGUGGCUCUGACUACCCUUGCAAAGGAUACGCUAAUGAUCCAUUCAACUCUGUCGCCACAUACAGUCCAGGACAAGAGUACGAAAUGGAAUUGCAAGGUAGCGCGACACACGGUGGCGGUUCCUGUCAGAUCGGUCUCUCCUACGACAAAGGAAAGAGUUUCCAUGUGAUUCACUCCAUUCUGGGAGGGUGUCCAAUUGAAAAGAAAUACAAGUUCACAGUUCCCACUGAUGCACCAAAUGGGGAGGCCUUGUUGUCCUGGACGUGGUUUAACAAGGUUGGUAACCGCGAGAUGUACAUGAACUGUGCUCAGGUCACAAUUGGUGGUUCCGCGAAACGUGCAAUCUCUCGUCGUGACAGCUUCGACAGUCUCCCAGAGAUCUUCCAAGCCAACAAUGAUGGGCCUGGUAAAUGCACCACCAUUGAGGGUGAGGAAGUGAACUUCCCACUGCCAGGACCCUCCAAAGAGGGAAGUCUUUCCGGCAAGGGCUACACAUGCAAGAGCUCCGCUCCUUUCCUGGGUGAUUCCAGCUCGGCCGAGACUACUACUAGUAGCAGUGCUGCAGCCCAUGGCCCUAAGAGCUCCGCUAACAUGUUCGGCUCGGCUUCUCCGUCCGCAGCACCUACCGACAGGGUCGCUUCCGCCUUUGGCACUUCAUCCGCCGCCCGUGCCACGCCAUCCUCCUCGCAGCCAGCACGUUUCGAGUCGCACCCUCUCAAGCACCACGAACUGAGCCAGGAAAACUGCAAAGAUGGUACCAUUAUCUGCAGCCAGGACGGCCAAACCUGGUCUAUAUGCGACUUCGGUCGCCCCAGAUUCAUGGGGUCUGUUGCCGCCGGAAUGCGCUGCCGCCACGGCGCCAUGCACCGCGCAUGGUGA